AUGUGGCACUGGAGUUUGCUGUGCAUUUGCCUAUUGGUGCCAUUGGCAAGCUCAACGGCUCCAGUGAGUUUUGAGGCCAAUCCGGACACCAAGCGGCUAUACGAUGACUUGCUGAGCAACUACAAUCGUUUGAUACGUCCAGUAGUGAACAACACGGAGACCCUGACGGUUUGGCUGGGCCUGAAAUUGUCCCAGCUGAUUGAGGUGAACCUCAAGAACCAGGUGAUGACCACCAACCUGUGGGUGAAACAGCGAUGGUUCGACUACAAAUUACGUUGGGAUCCAGAGGAGUAUGGAGGCGUAGAGCAGCUUUAUGUGCCCUCGGAACACAUUUGGGUGCCCGACAUUGUGCUCUACAAUAACUGGGAUGGCAACUAUGAGGUCACCCUGAUGACCAAGGCCACGCUUAAGUACACGGGUGAAGUGUUCUGGGAGCCGCCUGCUAUUUACAAGUCUUCCUGUGAAAUGAAUGUGGAAUAUUUUCCAUACGAUGAACAAAUUUGCUUCAUGAAAUUCGGUUCAUGGACCUACAAUGGGGCCCAAGUGGACUUGAAGCACCUAGAUCAGAUACCGGGCAGUAAUCUUGUACAAGUGGGCAUCGAUCUAACCGAGUUCUAUUUGUCCGUGGAGUGGGAUAUACUCGAAGUGCCAGCUACCAAAAAUGAGGAGUACUAUCCCGACACACUAGAGCCCUUUUCAGAUAUAACCUUCAAGUUGACUAUGCGUCGUAAGACAUUAUUCUAUACUGUCAAUCUGAUUGUGCCCUGCGUGGCCCUGACAUUCCUCACGGUGUUGGUGUUCUAUUUGCCAAGCGAUUCUGGCGAGAAGGUUACGUUAUGUAUUUCAAUACUUGUGUCGUUGACCGUGUUCUUCUUGUUGUUGGCCGAAAUAAUUCCGCCGACCUCGUUGGCAGUGCCCCUGCUGGGCAAGUAUCUACUCUUUACCAUGAUACUCGUCUCCCUGUCCGUCUGGACAACUGUGUGUGUGCUCAACAUACACUUCAGAUCUCCCUCGACGCACAACAUGUCCCCGAUGGUGCGGAAACUGUUCCUGCACUUUAUGCCAAAACUGAUGAUGAUGCGCCGGACCCAGUACACACUGCCCGACUACGACGACUCCACGCCCAGCAAUGGCUACACCAACGAGAUCGAUGUGCGGGACAGCAUCAGCGACUUUCCCAGCGAGUUUAAGGACAGCCAGGAUGGCGCUUACGAUAAUGGCAUGCAGAACUCUGUGGAUUCUGACAAUGUGAUACCGCGCAACUUAACACCCGAAGUGCUGCAGGCAUUGCGUGCGGUCAGAUUUAUUGCGCAGCAUAUCAAGGAUGCCGACAAGGAUAACGAGAUUGUGGAGGAUUGGAAAUUCGUGUCGAUGGUGCUGGAUCGUUUCUUCCUCUGGCUCUUCACGUUGUCCUGCGUGUUUGGGACCUUUGCCAUCAUCUGCCAGUCCCCGUCGCUCUACGACACCCGCGCGCCAAUCGACCGCCAACUGAGCGAGAUUCCUCUGCGGAAAAACAAUUUCAUGUUGCCCCCGGACAUUGUCCGGCAGGUCCUCACGUAAUUGGGCGUCCACAGAUCACGCAUGAUGGAAAACCCAGCUAAAGUUAACAAUUCUUGGAAGCCUCCUCUCACAGAAUGCAAUCAAAUCAAGUUUUCCAAUGAAUAUUGCAUGUCGAUGUUUUGUUAUUAAUGUUUAACAAUCAGCAAUAUUAUUAAAUUAAACUAAACUAGAAGCACAAUAAAAGCAAAUUGAUUCUAUAAAAAUUCA